UCAUCAUGAAUGGGAUUGGGACAUUGACUUGGGGUUGGGGAAGUGAAACUUACCUUAACAACAGAAACAGACACGCAUAAACAAGACGCUAGCACAGUUCACGAUAUGAAUUGAUCGAUGUAGAUACGCACGAUACAAUAUAAAUAUUAAUAUAAAAUAUUAUAUUAAUAGUCGUUGAAGACCAUUUGACGAACAUGGUGCAAUUUGACGAAGUAAAUAAAAUAAUGGACGAGAUGAUGAAGAUGACGAUUUUCAAACCAUCUGAGAAACGUCGAAUGCUGGAGGAUGAGAAGAAAGCUUUUCCAGAUCCAAAUUUAAUUAUGGACGCGAGGCAUCGAAUAUUUCGUGAAAAUUUCAACAGUUUUCAAACAAAAUCCUUUAUAUUAGCAGAAGCUCGAAAAUUAUUAACCAAAGAUGAAAUGAGGGAAUUGCAAUUAAAGAAAGAACAGGCUUUCAUGGAAAAGGAAUUACGCAAAUUUGAGGAAGACUUGCAAAAGUCUCGUCCAAAAUUUUAUGGACCAUGCAGCAGAAAAAAUCUAGUUAGUUCGAAUGACGAAAACUUUUGGAGAACACCUAGUAGAGUUAAGAGAGCCUUUAUUAAUGAAAAAAGAAGCAAAACAGCGGAGCGAAAGAGCAUCGUUCAAAAGAAAAUCAAACAAGCAUUCGUGGAAGUUUCUUCUGUUGAAUCGAAAAAAUCCAAGCAAUCUUCGAUAAAUAAGAUCGAGGGGAAAUCUUUCGGCAACAUCAGGGUCACUAUCAAGGAUAAACCAAGCUACGAAUCGGAGGAGCAUCGAUUAAACGUUCUGAGAUCAUGCUUCGAGGCUCUUCGUGAGAACGCACGGAACAAGCAACGUCUUCGUGAGAUCAAGAUGAAUAUUCAGAGUAUCACAUCUCGAAGAAACUUAAAAUCAUGCAUCCGUGUAUGGAGGGCGCACGUUGAGAAGGUGAAGACUCGGCGAGAACGCGAGGCGGAAAAUUCCGACGUUCGUAAAAUCGAGGUCCUUAUCGACACCAUCACGGAAACGCAAAAGGAAUUGACCAAGUACCAGAGAGCAGAGUCCAAAAGAUUUCUUCCGAAUGCGAGGGACUCCGAGAUGAGGAAGAAGACUCCUGCCAGGCCAUUCGUCAUCGAGUCGCCAGCGCAAAGUCGACUAAACGCUCAGAAAGAGAUCAUCCACAAGCAGAGAAUGAAAUUGGCCGAGCAGAGCAAGAUCAUCGAGGAACUGAAGUUGAAGCAAGUGCAAGAGGAGAUAACCAGAGCCGGCGAAGAGACGGUGAACGCAGCCAAGGAGACCUUGACGCAUUGCGGUCAGCAGACUAGGAGAACUCUGAUACAACUGAUGAGACAAGCAGGCUACAGGGACAAGUCUUUAACGGCGCCUGUACGGGUACCAAGUCCACCUAGAUUUCUAGCGAGGAUGGAAGCGCGAGCGGAAGCGAGGAGAAACAGAAUAAAAUUGCGUGAAGAAGCACGGCUGAAGAAACUGGAGGACGAGAAGAGGAAAGUAGAAGCCGCCAGAAGAGAAGAGGAGCAAGAGAGGAGAAGAUCGCAACAAGAGGCCUUGCGCGAAGCCAAGAGAAUUCGCGAGGAACGGGAGCAGCAACGAAUGUGCGAAAUGGAAAGAUGCAAGAGACUGAAUGCCAUGGUGGAAGAAUUUUAUCGCAAGCAUUUGCUACGACGAUACAUAAUGGAACCGUUCAUCGCACUCGUUGAAAUCAAGAAUAAUUACAUAAAUAAAGCUGAGGACCACUACAAACGAUGUUUACUGAAAAAAGCAUUCGUGAGAUGGAAGAUGGAAACAGAACGGCAAAGUCAAAUUAAAAUUGAAUUAGCUGUAUCAUUGUACAACAGAAAUUUAUUGUGGUACGCGUUGCAAGAUUGGAAGGAAAUGGCGAGAGAGGAGAGACGAAAAGAGCAAGUGGCUAAGGACUUUUCCGACAUGAGAUUACAAAAUAAAUGCUUCAAACUGUGGAAGAUAAGAACUAUGGAAUAUAAGGCAGAGCGAUUGAAAACUGAACGUUUAGCAUUGGAACAUUAUGAGGAAAGAUUGAAAGCAAGAUACUUCAACAUGUGGAAAAGAUAUCCAAGGAUAGUGCCAGAUAUUUUGGAAAGUGAACGAAUAAAAAAUACGUGGCGGGAAAUAGUGCAAGAAGUAAUUCCGGACUUCGAUCCUAGACAAAGAGGCGUCAUAUUAGAAGACUAAAGUAACGAAUUUAAAGAUAACAUAGACUUAAUACUGUACGACAAUCGUUGGCCUCGUAUCAGAAUGAGGUAUAGAGAGUAAGCCUUAUUCUUCUAACUACACCUAAGAUAAAGCAUUUUUUUAUACAGAAUAAAAUGUAAAUUGUUAUACUCUACAUUUGUAUUUAGAUCCUUUUUUUUACUUUGGACUUAGUUCAGUAUCCAUCGUAAUCGAUUAGUAUAUGUAUAAUUCAUUACAUUACUUAUACAAUGGCCACUUUAUCACAGUUACAAUAAAUAUACAAAUGGUAUGCACAA